AAGGACAAAGAUCCGGUAUUACAUAUAGCACAAUCUCUGAAAGAUUUGGGAGAGUUGAAGCCUCAUAGAAAUAACCGCAGCAUAAUGUUGGCAACGCGUUUUUUGUUAUGCUUGGCGUUGAUAGAGCUAGAUAAAUUACCGACAGUGCUAGGUUUACAGAAUUACGAGGAUGGUCCGUGUUUUUACGAACAAAGCAACGACGGUAAACUGUUUAAGAUAGAAGGUGUCAAGGUUGGUUAUCGCAGGGACCUUCAUCUCGAUGGCGAUGAGAAAAAAUACCGCGUAACAACAAUAGCAAUGAAACCGACCAUCUUUGAAAUCUCCAACUUUCUCUCCGAUCGGGAAUGCGAUCAUGUUAAGAACCUCGCUAAGAAAAACGGGUUGAAGGAGAGCGUGGCUGGAUUCGAAGAGCAAGCAUACAAAGGAGAGAUCGAAGACGCUCUAACUCAAGCAGAAACAGAAAACUACGUGCUUCAUCUCCCGGAAUUUGUCGAUUAUUUUCACGAAUGGGACAAAAAUGGAGAUUCGUUUAUAACCAUGGACGAGGUUAAAGAAAUGUGUGAGAGAAGUAAUGGCUUAUUUUUCACUGAAAACGAAAUCAAUGACAUGUUUUCAAAGAUCAAUUAUACGUACUUUGACGAUGGGCGAAUGAACGAAGAGGAAUUCAACUUACUUCCGUUCAACAAACUCGACGCGUAUCUAAAUUUCAUUCACUCCAAACAUCCAUUUCACCGACCAAGAUACAGCGAGCACACGUGGCUAAGUGAACAAAAAGAUCCAAUUUUAACAAAAAUUUAUGACAGGAUAAUUCGGCUGACGCAGUUACCGCGAAAAUUGGUUGAAGGGAGUGAAAAUAUCCAGAUCGUCAAAUACAACAUUCGUGGUCACUACCAUGCUCAUUAUGAUUCAACGCCAGAGGAUUUUGGUAAAAACGUCGUCUGUUGCCAUCAAAAUCACGACAAAGACAAGGAGUGUAAACUAUGCAGGAUUUUAACAGUGUUGUAUUAUCUGAAUGACGUCGAAGAAGGGGGAGAAACGGCAUUUCUCGUUGCAGACAACAAAACAUUGAAUGUCAAGUAUCUGAAGUCCUUGAAUAAGAUGUUCAACCUGAGCAAACGAUGUCAUACAUCAAACCUGCUCGUUCCCGCAAAGAAAGGCACAGCUAUAAUGUGGUACAACCACGAGGUCGACCCCCGGUCAGGAUGGCUGGGAGACUUGGAUUACCAUACCAUUCACGGGGGGUGCGAUGUUCUCAGCGGAGAAAAGUGGAUUGCAAAUUCGUGGAUAAAUGCACCAACCCCUGAUUCUGCGCAUGUCUCGAGUUUGUUUUACAGAUGAAGAUAUACGAUUAUUCAUAUUUGAUUGAACUUAGAGAAUAAUUUUACCAGAAUACUAACAAUCCCUCGGUGACAAACUAGCUGCAUUCAGUCACUGCUUUAUUUUCUACAUGUUAUGCAGUCAUAUUGUUUACAUGGCCAUAGGAGUUGGGUAAGGUGGGAGUGAAUCUUUUAUAAACUCAUGUAUAAUCACCUCUGUUAAAUUGUUAUUUGGUAUAAAAACAUCUUGCUUCUUUUAA